GAACAUCAUUUUCCCAAGACUGGCAGUCACACAGUCAAUACAAGCCUUGAGAAUCUCUGGGGAAAAUCUCAGCACGAUUGUUUAGCUCACUAGCAUUAUUUAAUUUGAUGAAAAUGGAAGAACUAGACUCUACAGGAGACGUACGUUGUGUGGCAUCUGAGGCAACAGGGGAACAAUGCUGUAACGGCCCAGAGUGCAAGUCUCUGAUGGACUUUGAGAGAGGAAGGAAGCUCUUGGAAGCUACGCAGUCUGCAAGCAAUGAAGGAUCCUUCCAAUCAGCACCUUCAUUUCAGGUGAAAGAGGAGCCACCAGAGGGUUUGGCUGAAAACUGGGAAGCCCGAUGGCAGGAGUUCCUAAGGAUGGUGGAGUCCCCUCACUCAAGGUGGGAAAUCUCACAACAUCAAGAGAAACCCUCUCCAUGGGAAGACACAAAGAGCUUUCUGUCCUCCUUUGAGCAAGUGGCCGAAGCCUGCCAAUGGCCUAGAGAACAAUGGGUGGCCAGACUCUUGCCAGCCCUCAGCGGAGGACCUAAGAAAGCCUUUAUUGGCCUGAAUGCUGUUGACAGAGAGGAUUUUGGGAAGGUGAAGACAGCCAUCUUACGAGGGGACGUCAUCAGCAGGGAGAAAUGGCGCCAGCACUUCAGAGGUUUCCAUUACCAAGAGGCCGAGGGGCCGAGAGGGGCUUACGGCCGACUCCAAGAACUUUGUCACCAAUGGCUGAAAACAGAGAGGCGCUCAAAGGAGCAGAUUCUGGAGCUGCUGAUCCUGGAACAGUUCCUGACCAUCCUGCCUCCAGAGAUCCAGAGCUGGGUGAGGGAAAACAGUCCAGACACCUGCUCUCAGGCAGUGUUCCUGGCUGAGGAUUUCCUGCUGAAACAGCGGGGGACCCAGAGAUGGGGAGAGCAGGUGGCAUUUCAGGAGGCGACAACACAGUACACUGAAGCUGGCCAGACUCCAUCUGAUGUCAGCCAGAAGCAUCUGGGCAGAGAGACCAAGUGGGAAGGCAACAGGAAUGCCAGCCAGUUGGCAACCCAAGGGUGGUUGGCCAUCAGUGAUGGGAAGAAAUAUGUGCCCAGAAAUUCAGAAUCAGUGGCACCCCACAGGAUAUCAACUUGGAAAGAAGAGAAUGUUUCUCUGUGUUGCAAGCAGGAAAAUGCCUCAGCAAGUCAGGAGAGGGCAGAGCAUCAGCAGGAGACCCAGCCAAUGGAGGAGAUGGACGAAUUCCUUCCUUGUGGGGGAGAUUGUAGGGUUCCUAAUGACACCAUAGUCCAGACAGGAGCUAACACAGGUUGUAGGAGGGAGAGUGAAAAUGAGAGUGUUCCAUAUGAAGUACCAUCCGAACAAGCCAAAUGUGAGGAGCUGAAAGAGAACUUCUGGGAUCAAGGCGGAUCAGUAAGCGAGGAACAGAACCACGUGGAGAAGAGGACAGAGAAAUCCAAUCCUUGUCUGGUUGGAGACUUCAAUGAAAUCCCAGUCCAGCAAACAGAACAGACAGAACUCUGCCUUAGUGCUCAGUGGAGAAUCCACACGGACCUUACAGAAUGUGAAAUGCUUGACACAGGAGAAAAACCAUAUCAGUGCAUGGAAUGUGGGAAGAGCUUCAAUCGCAGUGCAACACUUAGGUCCCAUCAGCGACUCCACACAGGGGACAAACCUUUUGAAUGCUUGGAGUGUGGGAAGAGUUUGUGUGAUAAGUCAAGCCUUAUUCAACAUCAACGAAUCCACACAGGGGAAAAACCAUAUAAGUGCUUGGAGUGUGGAAAGAGCUUUAUUCAGAGCUCAAAGUUAACUAGACAUCGAAGAAUGCACACAGGGGAAAAAGUGCAUAGCUGUUCAUACUGUAGCAAGAGUUUCAGUGAUAAAUCAAGCCUUAUUCAACAUCAGCGUAUCCACACUGGGGAAAAACCAUAUAAGUGCUUGGAAUGUGGAAAAAGCUUCAAUCAGAGGGCAAACUUUACUAGACAUCAAAGAAUGCAUACAGGAGAUAAAGCAUAUAGCUGCCCAGACUGUGGGAAGAACUUGUGUGAUAAAUCAAGCCUUCUUCAACAUCAGAGAAUCCACACAGGUGAGAAGCCGUUUAACUGCUCAGAAUGUGGAAAGAGUUUCAACAAGAGUACCAACUUUGUCAGGCAUACGAGAAUCCACACAGGGGAGAAGCCUUAUAGCUGCUCCUACUGUGUCAAGAGAUUCUAUGAUAAAGCAAGUCUUAUUCAGCAUCAAAGAGUUCAUACUGGGGAAAAACCAUUUAAAUGCUCAGAAUGUGGAAAGAGGUUCAGUCAUAGAGGAAGCCUUCGUGGACAUCAAAGACUUCACACAGGGGAGAGACCCUACACAUGCUCAGACUGUAGCAAGAGCUUCUUUGCUCUAUCAAGUCUUUUAAAACAUAAAGUAACACACAGAGGGGGAAAGCCAUAUAAAUGCACAGAAUGUGGAAAGAACCUUUGGUCAGAGCACUCACCUCAGUUUGGAUGA